AUGAUUACCGGCUCCAUGGACGUAUGCUUCGGCAUCGACAUGAUCAACUCUAUAUCUGGACCCCUUCCGACUAGAUUGCCCGCCGUUGCGCUGGUAGACAGUCAAAUUCGAUUCCUAGGAGCUAUGUGGGCCGGCUAUGGUAUGAUGCUUUGGUGGACAAGCAAUGAUUUAGAGAGGAGGCGGACCCCAUUGGGACUUCUUGGUGCGAUCAUGUUUCUCGCUGGACUUGGGCGUCUGCUGUCAGGUCUGAGCCAUGGCUUUAGCGCUACCUGGGUGCAAGUCGCCACGGCAGCCGAGCUGUUCGGACCAGUUGCAAUGUAUUGGCUUGGGUUUUAA